AUGACUGCUGGAGAGUACGAGCUCUUCAAGGAGGUGAAGAAGAGGGCUGCCUCAGAAAAGGUACCACCCCCUGCUAUUGGGGAAUACGACGGCAGUAAGGAUCCUGAAGAUCAUCUUCGCAAAUUCAGGAAUGCAACCCUGUUACAUCAAUAUAGCGACACUGUUAAAUGUCGCGUAUUCCUGAAUACUUUAUCGGGUUCUGCCCAAAAAUGGUUUGAUGGACUGCCACAUGGGGCCAUCACCUGUUUUGCUGACUUCAAGAGUGUCUUCCUGCACCACUUCGCUAGCAGCAGGAAAUAUCAAAAGACAGAUCACUGCUUGUUUGCCCUCAAGCAGGGGUCUGCGGAGCCAUUGAGAAGCUAUAUUAAGCGCUUCAAUCAGGUGGCUCUGGAUGUUCCUUCAGCCACAUCCGAAAUACUCAUGAGCGCCUUCUCCCAUGGGUUAACUGAAGGAGAGUUCUUCAGGGAUCUCAUUAGGAAUCCCGUAAUGAAUUUCAAUGAGAUGUUGGAAAAGGCGGCCAGCUAUAUCAAUGUGGAGGAAGCGUAG